UGAGUCAGUGACAACAGUAACUGAGUCUAAACAGCAGCCAGCUGUGUGCUUAUCCAAAUGGCAUUUAGAUACCUGUACGAGCAGGUCCAGAGCGUCAUAAGUACUCACUUCUCCUGCCUUCACAUGGCAGUACAGGGGUAAUACCUAUGGGAGACAACGGACGGACACAGCAACAAACUCUUGGAACCCCUUAGAGGACAUAACCAGGGAUGUUAAAAUGCCAAAACAUUUGUUUUCAAAGAUUCGGUUCUAUGAAAUUAAGGAUCUGAUGCAAAAUGUGAAGCGGCCCAGAAGAAUUGAUAUUGUUCUUAAUCGAAAGAGACACAAGAAAGACAUCCAGUGCCUCAUGGUGCAAAAAAUAAACGAUGAGGCUCAUCCUUCAAAACUCAGCUGGCAGACUAACCAUAAAGUCCACCAGACACUGGAGAAAUUGCUGCGGGAUAAAAAAUAUCUAGCAGCAUUCCAUGCCUUCCUGCGGUCUGAGUUCAGUGAGGAAAACAUCGAGUUCUGGCUCGCAUGUGAAGACUUUAAGUCCACCGCCUCACCGGACGACCUUUGCUGGAAAGCCGAGGAGAUCUACCGGGAGUUCAUCCAGCCUACGGCCUGCAGAGAGAUCAAUGUCGACCACCAUAUCAAAGAGGAGAUUAAGAAGUCUUUGGAGAAACCGAGCCUCUCCUGCUUCGAUGAGGCCCAGAAACAAGUUUACCUGCUGAUGGAGAGAGACUCUUGUCCCAGAUUCUUGCACUCAGACGCCUACCUGAGUCUAAAGAACAAAUCCAAGUCUCUUUGGUACAUUUAGUUUGAGAAAGAACAAAAAAAAAAUGCCAUUGAGACACUAAAAAAUUCUCGCUAUUUCUCUCUUUGACUGAAUUGAAAAGUUAUUUCACACUGUAUGAGAGGCGAGAGGUGAAGAUGAUGCACUGUGGAUGGAAAAUAAAGCACAAAAGAGAAAAGUAUUGUGAGUGGAAAAAGGUGUACUGAGUGUAUGAAGGGGGAGGAAAAGAAAUGGUGUUGGUAUGUGUUGGAGUUGUUUGACAUACUGUAUGUGAAAGUCUAAGAAAGUUAAGGUGCAGUGUAUAAAUGACAAGAAAUGAUAAACUGUUUCUGACAUGCAGAAUAAAAUGAUCUAAUUUUCAUAAAUGGG